CUCCUUUUUUCCUUGCCGGCGGAAUCAUAUUGCCGGCGGCAAAUUCGCCGGGAUUGAUGGAAUCGGCGGCACUCAAAAUUGCCUGAUUUGGUUGCGUGAGCGAAUUGAUUUUCCGUCCAACUGAUUUUUUGACGAAGAGUUUUACGCGGAAGGAAGAAUAUCUUUGGUUCCACUAUAUACCAUUGAAACUUCACCAUUUGAUAAGGAGAUAUCUUCUUAUUUUUCUACUGCAAUUGAAGGAAUGUCAAAAGUUAGGGACAGAACGGAAGAUUUUAAAGAUGUUGCACGUCGAUCAGCAUUGUCUUUGGGAUAUGAUGAGUCGAAAACAGCUGGCUUAUUGGCAUCUUUUAUCAUGCAUAAACCCCGACAAAGGCCAGGAUUCACCAGAGCUGCACUUAAAACGCUGGAGAGCAUUGGGACACUAGAGCAAUUUUUGAGGAAACACAAGAAGGAUUAUGUUGAUUUGCACCGUACAACUGAACAAGAGAGGGAUAGCAUUGAGCAUGAACUUACUAUUUUUGUAAAAUCAUGCAAAGAGCAUAUAGAUGUACUCAGAAAUAGUUUAAAUGAGGAAGAUGCAAAUUCAAAGGGAUGGCUUGGAUUGAAGGGUGACAAUCUGAAUGCUGAUACCAUAGCACACAAGCAUGGAGUGGUGUUAAUUUUAAGUGAAAAGCUUUACUCUGUCACAUCACAGUUUGACCAGUUGCGGGCAAUACGCUUUCAAGAUGCUAUUAACCGAGUGACACCAAGAAGAAAACAUAAGAGCACUACCAAAUCAAAUGCUGCGGAGACCUCUGCUUCUAGUAGUUUGGACCUCGACAUGAAAAGGGACUCUGAGGUCAGGGACCCUGAUAUGUCACAAGCAGCGCCUAUGAGAGUCCAAGAACAACUUUUGGACGAUGAAACACGUGCCCUCCAGGUAGAUCUGAACAGUCUCCUGGAUUCUGUUCAAGAAACAGAAACAAAGAUGGUGGAAAUGUCUGCGCUAAACCACCUUAUGUCUACUCAUGUUUUGCAACAGGCCCAACAGAUAGAGCUUUUAUAUGAACAGGCAGUUGAAGCUACCCAAAAUGUUGAACUGGGUAACAAAGAACUGUCUCAAGCCAUUCAACGGAACAGCAGUAGCAGAACUUUUCUUUUGCUCUUUCUGUUUGUACUUACAUUUUCAAUCCUCUUCUUAGAUUGGUACAGUUAAUUCUCAGAUUUUUGCACUAUUUUUGUCUUACAAGUAACGGGAGUAUAGAGCUUAUUUUCGUCAACUAAAGUUGUGUAACAUUACUAGAAGACGUAAUACAUAAAUGUGCCCUUUAAUUUGGCUUUUGUCGACAUAUACGUCUUUCAAUUUUGGGUGUGCACAAGUAGAUACUUAAACUUGUGUAAAGUUAAUCAAGUAGACAAAUGCUUUCUACAUGACAUAAUACAAAUCGAGUGUAUCUCACACGAAUUGCAACGUAGGACGUGUGUGUCUACUUGUGCACAUUCAAAGUUGGAGGGUAUAGAUGUCAGUUGAAACCAGGUUAAAGAGCACGUUUAUGUAUGCCUUACUAGAAAUUUCGAGGCAGCUAUUGGAUGUACUUGCUGAUUUAUUAUUUUUACUUCUAUUAUUUUUGCUUGCCUCUGCCAGCAAUAUUGAACUUUGUUCCAACAGUUUCAUCA